UUUCCACUUAGUUAGUCUUUAUCAUUAUUAUACUCUCAAUUUUAUUUUUCAGAUUCUAUUAAUAAUGUUUCUUCCCUCCAUAUGGGUAGAAGCUCACAGAGAAUACCAUCGAAUCCACGUUCCAACAAGGAUAAAAACAAUAUAUCACACAAAAAUCGUUAAAGUACCAGAGCAUCAUCACUACAUUCAUGAGAAAGAGAAGAUUGUUCCAGUGGUGUCACAUCAUCAUCACAGUACACACCACAAAUCCUCCAGUUACGGAGAAAUUGAAGAUUCUGCGUUGGAGUACCAUCAAGCAGAUUCAUACCAUCCCUUAGACGAAGACGAUUUCGAUUUUGAUUCGUACAAGAUAGCGAAUGACUAUUUGUCAAGUCCGAGCCAGAAGAUCACAAAAGUUCACCACAAAAGGAAAAAAGCGAGACCUUUAAGAGUGAAGCAUAAAAUCAUCAAGCUGCCCCCUAUUUGAAAAUUUUAAAGAAUACAGAGUUCAGAUGCCAUGAUUAUGAAUCAACUUCCACAAUAAAAUACGAUGAACUAGUGACGAAGUUCAGAUGCUGAAAUUUCAGUAGAUUUAGUUUGAGUAAAAUGAAGAAACAUAAAAACACCUUAGAAAAAAAUAUUUAUGAAUGAAAAUGAAAUAGUAUUGAUUCAACAAUUGUAUAAAGACCAAGUAGAAGGAUAACUUGAUAUUAAUAAAAUUUCCACAUUCAGCGCUAUUUAGGAAGGAUUUGGAAUAUUA